AUGGAUUUCGUGAAGAAGUGUAGGAUAGUAUUGAGAAGCAACAAGAGCAUGAAGAAGCAAAAAGAUAAUCCUAAAAAACCACCACAUGGUGGUGUUUGUGUCUAUGUUGGAGCUGAGAGACAAAGAUUCAUAAUAAAGAUCAAAAUAUUGAAUCAUCCUUUGUUCAAGUCACUUCUAGAAGAUGUUGAGAAUGAAUAUGGAUAUGGAAACAAUGGUCCUCUAUGGCUUCCUUACGAAGUUAACAUUUUCUGUGAAGCACUUAUGGAGAUAAAAAGUGCUAUGAGUGACAUGGGUUGCAAUUUUCACACAGUAGCUACUACUCAUUACUUGGAAAUACCAAUGUACCAAGAAAACCAAUGCCAAAGAAACACUGCAAAAGCUGAUUAUAUGAGUUUGUUUUCAAGUGAAAAAGAAAAUCUAAAGAGUGUGUUAGCAUUCAUUCUUGGAAGAGUUUGUCUAACUUCAGAUGUAUGGAUAACUGUAACAACACAAGGUUAUAUGACUGUCACCGCUCAUUAUGUUGAUAAAGAUUGGAAAUUAAAUAGCAAAUUACUUUCAUUUUGUCACUUGGAGAAUGCACAUACAUGUUUGGAAUUAUCAAGAAAAUUACUUAGUGCUUUGAAGCAUUGGGGAAUAGAUGGUAAAACAUUUUCACUCACAUCGGAUAAUGCCUCUUUGACUGAUAGCAUGCUAAACAUUUUGAAAGAGAGACUCAAUUUGCAAGAUGCUUUGCUAUGUAAAGAAGGUGGAUUCUUAAGUUUGGAUAUGUGUACUAGAUGGAAUGUUACAUAUAUAAUGCUUGAAAGUGCUAUUAGGUAUCGACGUGCAUUCAUUAGCUUGAGUUAUGAUGAUAAAAACUACAAGAUUUGUCCAAGCAUUGAAGAAUGGGAUAGAGCAAUGAAAAUUUGUAAUUUAUUGGCUCCAUUUUAUGAUAUUACCAACUUAAUUAUUGGAUCGUCUUACAUAACCUCAUACUUAUACUUCAUGCAAGUUGCACUUAUAAAGAUGGAAGUGAAUAGAAAUUUGAAAACUCAAGAUGAUGUGAUCAAAGAUAUGGUUACUCUUGCACUUGGAAAUAUUCUUGAUCCACCAUCAAAGUUGGACUUUUUGAACUUUUGCUUUAAGAAACUUGAUCCAAGUGGCUAUGAAGAUAGGGUAAAGAAAAUGAAGGAUGGCUUGUAUGAUCUCUCUGAUGCAUAUCAAAAUAAUAUUGUUACAUCAAUUUCAUCAAGAAAUAAUAAAUCUCACUCUUUUGGACAACCAUUAGGCACUACAUCAUUUUUUAAGGAAUAUCGUCAAAAAAAGAUACAAAAGAUUUUAACUGAUGGCAAAUCCAAACUUGCAAUAUACUUGGAUGAAAAUUGUUUGAAUAGUGAUGUAGAUAUUCUUCAAUAUUGGAAAUUAAAUAGUGUCUGA